ACUUCCUGUCCAUUUCUUUUUGUGACAUAAAGCGGAUCCAUAUAUAUAUAUAUAUAUAUAUAUAUAUAUAUAUAUAUAUAUAUAUAUACGUAUACUUAUCCGAUCGAUUGAUAAUCCGAUUUUCGACGAAAUACUAUCAAAAUGCUCGAUUUUAAAUCGCGAACUUUUCUAGCGAUCGAAAAAUGGGUUUUGCCGUAAUGGGAUGUUACAUUGGGUGCGAAUGCUUUAUGCUUUUUUAUCACUAAAUGCAUGUUGGUUGUCUUUCAGUUGGAUGGUGGUCUUGGGGCAGAUCCAGAUCUGUUGGUGCUCUCCUCUGCUGCCAACAAUCAGCAGUUUAUGACGGUUGGUCUAGGUGUGGAGCAGAGCAAUUCUGGUGGCCAAAACCAAAGGCACAGCGGACCUCAUGCUCGAGUGGAUGGCGAUGGUCAGCAACCUCGCCGCUACACAGCUGCUGAAAAAGGAAAGUCGAAAGUGGUAGAUGAUGGUAAGAAGAAUACAGGGGUUGCCCGUCCAAGAGCUAUGAAUUCUGGCAUUACUAUUCAGGAGCCGAUGUCACAGCCAACUCAACCUGCAAGGGCUGCCUCUGCUGUCCGGGACUCAGUUUCCUCGAAAGGGAGAGUAGGACGUGCUGGUCAGGCCCAUCCGUUGCGCCCUAAGCCUGGUUUCAAUAUGAGGAUUGGUGAGCUGGAAGAGAUGAUGUUUGAUAGGAAGAGUUCUAAACAGGAGAUGAUGACAGAGCCGGAAUCCCAAUCUCUGCCUCCUAAAAAACUCUGCUUUGAUGCUAAUGUGUUGCAGUAUGUGGGGCUGGAAAAUGAUGAUCUCCUAGGUGAGGAAGAGCAAGAAGCGGACCAGUGUGAACAAGAGCUAGAUGGAGAUGGAGAUGAAGAUGCGGUGGAGGAAGCCAUCUGGGAGUGGCCCCAAGAGGAUAAAUGAAGUUUAUGCUUUGGAAUUGUCGCGACAUUGGACCGGUCAUGACAAUUCGCCAGUUAGAGUCUUUGAAAUUUUGUUUUUUUCCAGAUGUUAUUUGUCUUUCGGAAACUAUGUCGAAUGCUGGUGUAGUUGCUCGCCAGAUGAGGCGUCUACGCUUUUCCAAUUCUCGUACGUAUUUUGGUGAUGCCAUCCAGACUGCCGGCGGCCUAGCUAUAGGUUGGUCCACUGAGGUUUCGGUCUCAGUUCUUUGUAGUCUGUCUUUCUUUGUCGCUUUUCAAUUCAAUAAAGAUAAUUUGGAUUA